UGCACUUCCUCAUGUACACGCACGACAUUAUAAACAAUGGCUUCGGAUGGAAAUUUGGAUAUAUACAACAUGAUCAAGAAGAGGUUGGCUUGUCUUCGUCUUAGGUAUAACACAUUAAACAGAAUUAUCAACAACCGCAUUUUUUCCUGGUUACCUAAAGAUAAUCUCGUUCUCGCCUCCAAAUAUCAUUGGGAUCGAAUCAGUAAUGAGAUCGAAUUCACGAUUGCAUAUCGCUUCAAAGGGGAGCCAGAUUGGAUGAAGCUUCAAACGAUGUUCGGCCCAAAAGACGUGGAGGAGCAGGAUGUGAACCUUGUGAACAUUUCCAGUGAUGAUGAAGACUCGACUGGUAGCUAUGUAUUGGACUGAACAACUAUAGUUUGCAUGUCAUUGGUCAUCA